CGUGGAUUUCGAUGCGGCGCCGGCCACGCGGUCGCCCAAUACCAGGGGACGACCGACAGGGAUGAUGCUACUCCCGCUAACUCUGCUCUUCUUGUUCUUCUUCUCUCUGGUAAUCAAUGGGGAGCCCCCGUUACAAGUUGUCCGCGCACAAGUGGACGAGGAGGCAAAGCUUCCGUGUGACACCAGCGUGUCCAGUGAUGGCAGCCCUGCCACGCUCACUUGGACACAAAAUGACUCUAACGCAAAAUCUCCCUUCUAUACGGUAACAGCAGCUGACUCGCGAGGCCUGUGGAACGGCGAGCAUUGGGUGUCCUCAGCAUGGUUGGGAAAGGCUUCGUUCUCCUCCACUACGUCUUCUCUUCAUCUGCGGUCGGUGAAGCCCGCUGACUCCGGUGUUUAUCUCUGUACAGUGACAUUCCAUAGCGGAAGGAGGACACACACAGCGCUGGAGCUUAUCGUUGGCGUGGCCCCCAGUGUUCCCAUCAUUCGAACCAGCAAUACGGGUAGCCCAACAGCCAGGGGCACAGUGGGGCCAUUCCUACAGGGAGACUCCGUGUUGCUCGAGUGCUUCGUUGAAGAAGGUUUCCCAACACCAACCUUGACCUGGAGGAGGAACGGACAAGUUAUGUACAGUAUCGUAGAAGAUGUGCUCGUUGAGGGAGGCGUGAGCAGCAGCACCGUGCUACUGGAGUCCCUUUCUCGCACAGACCUCCUCUCGAAUAUCAGCUGCGAGGCGAGCAACCCACUAGGCGGACCAACAACGACAUCCGUUCUCGUCGAUUUAAUACUGCCACCGCUGUACGCCAAAAUUGAGAUCCCGGAAGCUCCACUUCUGGAAGGAAAGCCCGCAGUGCUGAGAUGCUACGUCGCUGGAUACCGACCCCAAGUUCGAAUAUCAUGGGAGCUAAGCGGUCGGCCGGUCCUCCUCCCCUCCUACAACAAGAUAAAAGGAAACGGCACUGUAGCUACCUUGUUGCUUACACCUAAAGCAGAAGACAACGGCAAAGAACUGCGGUGCAUAGCCGAAAAUCCCGCUCUGCCGGACGAUUGGGAAGAAGACCUGCUCGCUCUCAACGUACGACACGUUCCCAGGGUGAGCGCGUCCUUUGCCGGAGGUGCGAAAGAAGGCGUCGUCGAGGAAGGCGGAGAAGUGUACCUGCGCUGCGACGUCAGUGCCAAUCCACAUGCGAGCCACAUCACCUGGACAAAAGAUGGCAGUCCAGUAGCUGAUCAGCAACAACUGUUUCUCCGGAAUGUCUCAAGGAAUGAUGCGGGGGAAUACGUGUGCAGCGCUGCUAACGGCAUCGGCGGUGGACACAGCGCCGCACUCGAGCUCCAAGUGCAUCAUGCGCCUGUGUGUGCCCCAAUGGAAAGCGCCAUUGUGUACAGUCGUCGCCGACAGGAGCUGGAGAUCCCGUGCUCUGUUCUAGCAGUGCCAGAAGUCGGCGCUUUUCGAUGGCGGAUCCGUGUGACGGAAGAUACGUGGAGGGAGCUGGUGACAAGUGUGACAGAUGCCAACCGCAGCCUGCUUCGUUACACUCCCACGGAAGAGGAAUCUGUGUCUAUCACUUGCCUGGCAGCCAACAAUCUCGGAGAGGUGUCCUGUGUAUUCAGUGUUCACCCACAAGUGAUUCCCGAAGCCCCAGAGCAGUGUUCGGCAGUUAGCAGCGGCAGCAUCCACGGUGCCGAUCGUGACCUGAUUGUGCAGUGUUCAAAGCGCCCGCUUGACGAGGUUCCCGUACCAUCUCAUUUUGAGCUGGAAUUAUACCAUGGCAUCACUGGCGUACUCCUGGCCAACGCAACGUCAGACGGCGGAAUUGCUGGCUUGACUCCACUUUUCCACGUCCUGAACCUGCAGGAGAAAGACCACCUGGAGGGCGUAGUGUUUGCAGUCACCGACCACGGGCGUUCGCCGCCAGCCGACAUCGUUAUUCCACGCGUCAGACCUAUCACCCAUCAAGUAGGAGAAGGUUCAGGAUAUGCUGCAGCCUUUGCCCCUUCCAUCCACGUCGUCCUGGUCACCUUCUUGCCAGGCAUCGCUGCAUCGAGACGUAUUGCACAGUGUCUGUUUUGUGGCGGCUGACGAUACGCCACAAAGAUAGAUCGGUUAUGGACGGUACCACAAGCUGAAAAGGAUACAUUCCGUUUGCUUACUAUUUCGUUUUCCUCGCGAGCAGUGCAAGACGUGACGAUGAUACAGAAAAAGGCACGAGAAGAGCGUCACUCAGGGACGGGGACGAGGAAUACCCAACGCUACAACGCAUUAUUCCGCCUGCGUGCAAGCCGGACCCCACAUCUAGAACGCUCCAACGUUUGUCGAGUCGGGUCAUGAUCAAUCGCGAAGCAUGGCAACGCUGAACUACAUGCGUUUUAUGCACACGAGUGCGAUCCACAUGUGUGCGUAACUGUCAACAACGAGGAUUCUAUGCAAUGUAAAGGGAGUUGUUGACGGUCUCCUCGUACGACUCGAGGGCGUAUAAUCGUAACCCGUACAUGUUCAGGUGGCUAAUGUAUGUCGAGCACUUGAGUAAUCUGCAACGGCAGGGUGAACAUGGAGUGGUGCUCUCUUACGUCGAGGUUUUGAACGAGUACGACGCUAGAAGAAACGUGUUUUUCUUGCACUAAUGUAAUGCAAUGGAUGUAACAAACGAUGAAGUGAAUAUGACGAAAGAUCGAGACAGACUGAAAGACAAAGGAUAGUUGUAGUUAUGGUGUGGUUGUUAGAUGCGUUGUCGUCGCCCCAACGAUACACAAUGCAACGCAAAUAGCGAGCUGAAACAGAAGCUGUGAGCAGUAGUUUAUUGCAAGUUUGCAACCCUGUGUUGCGGUGUCUUAAGUUUUGACCCAUUACUUCAAUGAGUGGAUAUGGACGAGUGGACAAUGUGGAGCCAUAUCAUCAGGGGAAAAGGAAGACAAACCCGCGUAGGCUCAUUUAUGUGCGCUAAGGGUUAAUGUGUUGCAAAGUGUUAGAAUAUCCAGGCAUAAGCGAAAGCUUGAAGUUGUGCGCAAUCGAGCGCUUCAGCAGCGGGAAACACGUUGAAUAUUAUUAAUCGAAUAUCGAUAUUGUUAUGUAGAAGUGGGGCGGUUUUAUUUACAGCAGAAAGAAGGGAAAUAAGCCUCUUCAGUGUGAAGGCGGAAGGGUAGAAUGUCCCUAGAUCCUUUCUUGCCUCACGCUUGCCCUCUGGAAUGCUCUGGUUCCCCGUUGGCAACGGAAGGUCGAUACCGUUUCAUGGAAACGUUGCCAAACGCUGAAACAUGAACAUGAAUGAAGAUGCAUAACCUCAGAAUGAUGCUGGAUAUGACAUUUGACAAGGACAAGAUGGUAAUUUCGCCACAAGCGACAACUUGAGAGUAGUUACACAAAUGACGCGCGUAGGACGCCCCCAGUGAAAUUUCCCCAAGGUCCUAUUCUUCGUGUACAAUAUGCACACACAGGAACAUUUACAAACGUCAAAACACUGCAAAACUGUGAAAUUCCUCAUGUGGGGCUACCACAUGGCGACGAGGCUUCCAUGUGAACCCCCUAUUAUGUCAAGAUCGAGUAGAGGACUUCUGUCGUCAAUCAUCUUUUAUGCGUUCUUCAGCAUCAUGCAUUCGCGCCACGAAUGACUGGGUGUCUAGCGCUAGUACAACAUAGACAGCCUUGCUGAUCACAUCUUGCAACGAGUGCUUAUAUUCCAAAGCGCAGAAAGCGCGAAUGCGGCUGUACCUACGUUGCCCACCGACACCCCCACAGUUUUUCUAUUUGCGAGUAGAAAUGCAGUCUCACUAUAGGUCGCGGAAGUGAGGCUUUACCUUGGACCGUCACGUGGGCACGCUUCGUCUUCGUGAAAAAUAUUUCCGCUGCUGCGAGCGGGGCUUCAACCAGGACCCUCUGGGUUUCAGUAGCAGUAUCACAGAGCGAUAGAUCCACUAUGUUUGUAAACAAGAGGGCGUAUCAUCCCAUGCGCGUAGAGCAGACGUCUCUAGUGGGCAGAAUGGAGUAGGACACCGCAUGGUGUGUACGGCGUAUUUGACUUUUCUGUACCAUGUAGCACAUCGAAUAGCUACAUCACUAUGCGCCAUGCAUUUAAUAACGGCAGAAAGCACCCAGUGACUCGAUGAUCGCGCGACUUUUGCCUACUAAACAGGAUCGCAGCGCCACCGCAUCGCCAUGACGUCACGUAGUGAAGUGAGUCUAUAUAAAUGGGCUGCUGUGCCUGUGAUCUCAGACCACUGCAGCAAGGCAAGUUACGUUUCGAUAUCAUCACCGCCAAAGCGCGAAGAUGCGGGGCCGACAGCAUGACCGAAGGUGAAGUGCUAGAAGAGCCGCAAAAAACUUGCAAGUUCCAACUAAAAUUGGAAUGAUACAGAGAGGAUUAGCGAUGCCCCAGCGCAAAAAUGACAGAAAAAAAAUUGGCAAUAAAUGAGUACAGAAAGGGUGAAAGAGCCCAAGUGCAUGGUACUCGAUGAUUAUGCUGUAGACGUGUCGUCCUCUACAUAUGCCACACACAAUACACGUUUAGUUAGUAAGACUCAUACGUUGCUUCUUUGCACACGCAUUGCCAAAUUUAAUUCCCGAAUCCACUUAAAAACCUGUUCGACGUCUAACGAUUCUUCCAGUGAUGCAAAGGAGAGGUAAAACAGCCCUCAUUGGACACUACGUUUUGUUCAGUUUCCAGAUAGACAAUAUAUUGCUAUUGCGAACACUGUGGAGAUUUGGUGUGGUGGAGAAUCGAAUCACGAUAGACGGUGAAGGUGGAAUGGGAUAGUGUGCGCUGUCGAACGGCUCCGAGGCGUACGUACCUGCGUCUCUUGACCGUACCGGAAAUCCCGACGAACACAACAGCCAACCUAGUCGUUGGCGGUAUUCGGUUCAUGGAAAGCAUACAGUCUCGGAUCCGCAAAGCUUUCCGUCUGUUUAGUGGUCUGAGUCACUGAUGGCCAUCAGCACAGUAGAAGGGAUCUGAGUGCAGAAGACAAGCAGCAGAAUGCUCGUUAAAGCGGUCACUUUCUGGCUGCUUUCAUCUUUUUUCGCUGUGGAUGGGUUAAUUUGGGCCCCUAUGGUUAGGGAGGCGCAUGACUUUCUCACUUAAGUAAUUAACCUUUCACAAAAAUGAAAACCACGACUUUUACAACUGCUGCAGCCCAACCGCGUAACGACAAUAAUAAAGAUAUUAUACGUACAUGUACACUUGGAGCAAACAAAAAGGUACUGCCUUCCAAGCGGUUAUUGUAUUUAUUGCGUGGCUUCCUGACAUGCUACAACACUACUGCUUCUUUAUCUCCUGCAGCAUUGGUUGAUGGUGAAUGGUGAUCGCAGAGGUAUCUCUUUCGUGCACCUGAACAAUUGAACCUUGCUGAGGUAUAUGUUGUGUAAAAGAUAUAGUAAAAACUGAUGGGCCACUGAUCAUUGUAAUGAUAUCGUGGUUGAUUUCCGUAUUCAACCCGCACAGCGUCCGUUUAUAAGCAAUGUUCAUCCGUAAUGAAAUCAAUAAAAAUAACACUAUAUUACUCAAUGAUACAGUUAGUUGGUAUCCAGAAUGCAAUCCAUGCAACUGUAGCUUAGGUUAUGGUCCACUCUUGCCUUGUGGACAAACCACAGAUUUCU